UUGCAGGACCCCUUGCUUUCAAAUGGUUUGUUCCAUAAUGGACGCCGUUCACUAAAGAUACACCUAGGUACCUGUGAAGAGGUGGCAUGAUGAGUGAGCUGAAGGACUGCCCCCCGCUGAAGUACUACGACUUCAAGCCCGUGGAGCACGUCAAGGUGUGCCCCCGCUACACCGCUGUGCUGGGCCGCUCGGAGGACGAUGGCAUCGGCAUCGAGGAGCUGGACACCCUCCAGCUGGAGCUGGAGACCCUGCUGUCGUCGGCCAACCGCCGCCUCAGAGCGCUGGAGGAACAGAGACAGAUCCUCACAGACUGGCAGGAUAAGAAGGGGGACAAGCGCUUCCUGAAGAUCGGCAAAGACCCAGACCCGUUGGCGUCGUCGCGCCACAAGCCCAAGAAGCAGAAGUUGGAGGGUAAGGGCGGCCACGCACCGGGCCCAGGACCCGGGAGGCCCAAGCUGAAGAACCUGCAGGCCAAGGUCCAGGAGUACGAGUUCAACGAGGAUCCUCAAGACAUUCCCCGCACGCCAAAAAACGACUCUCCCAACAGGUUUUGGGCCUUAGUUGAGCCCUACUGUGCUGACAUCACCAAUGAGGAGAUCAGGCUCCUGGAGGAGCUCCUGAAACCUCCAGACGAUGAGGCCGAAUACUACAAAAUCCCUGUGUUGGGGAAGCACUACUCCCAGCGCUGGGCCCAGGAGGACCUGCUGGAGGAGCAGAGGGAGGGGGCGCGGGCCAAUGACAAGAAGAAGAGCAUGACGGGAGGCCCCCUGUCUGAGCUGGAUGCUAAAGACGUGGACUCCCUUAUGAAGAAGUCUGAGAGCCAGCAUGAGUCACCAGAGGACGGCUGUCCCUUCGGGCCCCUGACACAACGCCUGCUCCAAGCCCUCGUUGAGGAGAACAUCAUAUCCCCCAUGGAGGAUUCUCCCAUCCCGGACAUGGCAGGGAAGGAUGCCGCCGACGGCGCGGGCACCUCCCCACGCAGCCAGGGCAAGGCCUUCGGUGUUCCCCACACGCGCUCCCUGGAGGCGCGGAUCAAGGAGGAGCUGGUGGCCCAGGGGCUGCUGGACUCGGAGGAGCGUCCCGGGGCGGGGGGCGACUCCGAGGACGAGGUCCUGGCCGAGCUCCACAAGCGGCAGGCGGAGCUCAAGGCUCUGAGCACCCACAACAGAACCCGCAAGCAGGAGCUCCUGCGGCUGGCGAGGGAGGAGAUGCGGAAGCAGGAGCUGCGGCAGCGGGUGCGUGUGUCGGACAACGAGGUGAUGGAGGCCUUCCGGCGCAUCAUGGCGGCCCGGCAGAAGAAGCGCUCGCCCACCAAGAAGGAGAAGGACCAGGCCUGGAAAGCCCUGAAGGAGAGGGACAGCAUCCUCAAGCUGCUGGACGUUUGAGCAGGACUGGGCGUCGGCGAGGAAGUCCCUAUACUGACUGUGGAUCACGCAGUCAUGUGUGUGUGUGUGUGUUGUGGAAGGGUUGUUUGGUUCUGGCACGACAUGUGUAACUGUACAAAGUUAAUUGAUAGUGUUACAUGGCUUCCAUCGAGGACGGUAUCCGUUUAAUAUUUUCCUAGCAUGUUUAGUGUACGUUGCUCGAGAUGCAUAUAGUGAAGACAUGACCAUUUGUUGAUUUGUUUUUGUUUCUUUCAUUUUGAUAUUUUUUUUUCUUUCUUGUUUUUUACAUUUGUAGCACCAUAAAAAAACUGUUUUGAAUAAAUACUGAAAGACAGUUUCUCCAUGUUGAUUCU